AUGGAUUUAUUACUGUUCUCUGUGCUGCUUCUGGCUGCUGGACUUCAAGGUCUCCAUGUUGAAGGCCCCUCCGGUCCUCUGGUGGUCCCGCUGGGGGGCGCUGUGCUGCUGCCGUGUUCUGCUCAGGACCCCCUCCCUCUGGAGGGUCUCAGAGUGGAAUGGAGCAGAACAGACUCAGAGUCUGUAGUGAACGUUUUCCAGCAGAAAGAAAUCAGAGCAGAGCUGCAGAGUCAGAGCUUCAGGGGCCGAGCCGACUUCUUCCCAGAGGAGAUAUCGAGAGGGAACUUCUCCAUCUUACUCAGUGACGUCACACCAGAAGAUGCUGGAGUUUACAGGUGUGGAGUUUCCUCCAGUCAGGACUACAGAGAGACCACAGUGGAGAUUAAACUGAGUGAGCAUUUGGUGGUGAGGGGAGCGCUCCACCCCAUCUUCACCUCAGUGGGUGAGGAGGUGAUACUGAGCUGCUCCGUAGACUCACAGAUUCCAGUCCACCAGCUGGAGGAAGUGACCUGGAAAAAAUACCCAGACAUCCCAGUUCUGCUCUUUCAAGAAAACCAGACCUUCUCAGAGUUUUCUCACGAGAGCUAUCGAGAACGAGCCGAGUUCUUCACGACUGAAAUCCCUCGAGGAAACUUCUCACUGAGGCUGAAGGACGUUAGGAUGGAAGAUAAAGGAGAAUUCAUCUGUGAAGUCCACACUGCUGACCUUUCAGGACAGACCACAGUGAUCAUCCAGCAAAUAGGUUUCUCUCCUCUCCACGUUUUCAUCCUUCUGCUGUGUUUCACUUCAUUAACACUCGCUGUCGGACUCGGAAUCCCUGUUUUUAUCUUCCUACACAAACAAGAGCAGCAGGUCUGGCUCUAUGCCAAAGACCUGCCUCUAAGAGUUGUGUCCCGCAAACUUGCUCCGUGGUAUGUGGGGCCCUUCAAGGUGGUGCAGCAGGUCAAUCCAGUGUCCUACUGGCUCCUCCUCCCCUCCCGCUCCUUGUCCACAAACCUGACCUUCCACAUCUCUCGCCUCAAGCUGGUCCUCUGCAGCCCCUUGCUCUGGCCCCUGCCUCUCAGCACAUUUGGUUAG